ACCAGCCUCACGCAUAGACAUAGAGGAGGCCUUCAGACUGGAGAGAAGGAAGGACCCUGUGGCAGCCCAGCUGGAAACGGCUGCCUCUGCCCUCUGGAGAUCUGAAUGCAUUGGUUCUGCAGGCGCUUGGGUGGUACCACAUUAUAAAUUUGUCUUUCAGCUCUUGGCUUUUUCAUCAAACCAUGCUAGCUGUGUUUCUGUAGCUGUGUUCUGGCAAGGGAAGAUUAGCUGCAAGGAGACCUCUUUCAGGUGUUCUGGGUGCACAGCAUAGUAAAGUGAAACUGGUCGAAGGUGUGCCUAGAGAAGUGAUUUUUAGGCAGAGAAGAAACUUGCCAAAUAGAGAAGGCACAAAAAGGCAGAGGAACCAGCAUACUUCAGAAUAAGUGCAUGUGUGUAGGGAGCCACUGAGGGAUGGGCAGUGGCAGAGGCACUUGGAGCAGAGAGGGGACGGUGGAUAAUAGCGUGGAUAGCAAGGAACCACGUAGGAGGACCUGACUUGUGGGGAGAGGGGUUGGACAAGAUGAGAACUGAGUGCUAUAAAUGUUUCACACGUCCGGAGUGAAUGCUUAUUGUAAAGCUGCUGUCUUCAGUAGAAGCAGAAAUCAGAAUGUAAUACCACUGGCGCCCUCAGAAAGUCUAGUUGAGGUAGACCUGCAAGCAGAGUCUGAACACAGUGUUAAAAGCCCUGUCAGUGACACAGUGCUGCAGAAAAGGAUUUCACAGCCUUCUGCAGGAAGCAGGUUGGCUAGGGUAGGGAAAGCCAUGGAGAACAGUGGCCUCUCCUGGGCAGGCCUGGGUAAGGUCUUAGAAAGCAGAGGAAAACAAUUUGAGCAAAUGGGUGUGUGUGGCCUAAGCAGGGACCAGAGACAAGAACAUAGUGGCUGAAGGGAGGGUGCUUGCAGAAAAGGGGGCUGGGGCCAGGUUGGUAGGGCCAGCUCCAUUCCGCAGGCUGUGGAGUCUUUUUCCAACAUUGGUGAGUUCCUCUAGGAGAAUUUGGGACAGGCUCAACCAGAGACCUCAGAAGCUGGGGGCAGAGGACCCUUAGGUGGCCAGUUUGCACUAAAUUACUUUUCUGCCUACCCUUUAUGUUUUAAGCUUGGCAAGUGACAACGUGGCUUAUGAUCAGAGUGUAGAAUCAAGGAGCAAAUAAAUGAAGUAAAGAACCCUGUUGGGUUCCGCCUUCCCAGUUCCCUUCUCCUGCCUUUUUCCUGUUCUCCAUCAGCAUGGGGAGGGGCUCUUCAGAUUCUCAUGAAGAGCUCUCCAGAAUCUUUCUCAGGAUGGUGGUGUGUGGAGAUCUUUAGGGGGUAGAGGAUAGUGACAUAUGUAGCACCUAACUUUAGGCAGCAGCACCUCCAUCCUGGGAGCUGUGAGGUUUCCUCAGGUUGGGGUUCUUCUGUAGAAGGGAGCCCACAAUGAGAAAUGGGUGGUGGUGAUUCAAGUCAGCCAGCCAGAGAAUCACUAUGGAAUCUGGUACCCUGGGUGAGGUACACCUUCUAUGGAGAAGACAAGUUAGCCGCUUAUUUUGUGUCAAGUGACCUCAAUACCAUCAUCAUCAGUUUCUUUUUAUAUAAGCUCCGGAUCUCAGGCACCUCCCAGUAGGAUCACAGCUCCAGAAACUUGCGAUGAAAAGGUCUCACGCUGCAUCUGAUGCAUCUGUGUGCCAUUAAUGGCGUAUUGUGUGAGUAGGGCAACAAUUUUUAGUAAGGGAUCGAAAACAAGUUGGAGAAGAUAGAACUAAAAACUGAUUUAAGAGGAGCAGCAGGGAAAGAGAACGGACUAAAAUCACCUAUCAUUCCCUUUGGAGAGUUUUUAAAUCCUAAAUGAAGAAAAGUCGAAGGAUGGAAACAAAACCUUUUCGGCUUUCCACCGAAUAAAAAGGAUGGGAAGCUGCAAGUCAGCAGUUCUGGUGCAGGAGCUCCAGAGGAUGCCCACUCUCAUGCUCACGUUUUUGGGAUGCCCCUUUCCUGCUCUCCCAGCCGCAGAGGUGGCCGAGGCUCCUUUUGUCUGCUAUGCUCCCCACCCCACCCUGCGCCAGCAAGAGGGAGCUGGCAUGGUGUGCCCUCCCCGCUGCCCCUGGCCCAAGGUUGUUUACUACUUUCUACUCUGAAUCACACGCCAAUCACCAAGGCCCGCCCUCACUGCCAACCAAUCAGCUCGUUGGGAAAUUCCACCUUUCCGUGGGGCCCAGGCAGUGAUUGGCUGAAGUGCUUGUCAGUAAGCGGGCAUCCCGCAAGGAUGCAGCAGGAGUAUUGGGGACGCGAUCACCAGAGCGGAGGAGGAGUAACCUUCUCUAUAAACAAGAUGCACCCCCCUUCCAAGAAAGUUGGGGGUGGGGGGAGCCGAAACACAACCCGGCCCUGGGGCCCCACCGGAGUGGGGCGGGCUGCGCGCAGAGUCGGGGAAUCCCUCCCUCCGCCUCCCGCCCGCUGCUGCAGUUGUAAACACGUUUCCUUCCAUGUCUGUUUUCCCUUCUCUCACUGUGGCCAUUACAGGCUGCUGUUUACAGAAAUCCUGCAGGGCAGUGGCGUCCUCCAACCCUCUGGUCUCCAUACCCCCUUUUCAGUGUGCCCAAGCGCUUGCGGGAAGCGGGCAUGCACGGAGAACAACGAGUGCUGCCACCCCGAGUGUCUGGGCAGCUGCCACGCACCGGACAACGCCACGGCCUGCGUGGCCUGCCGGCACUACUUCCACAAGGGCGAGUGCGUGCCCGCCUGCCCGCCUGACACCUACAGGUUCGAGGGCUGGCGCUGCGUGGACCGGGACGCCUGCGCUAACAUCCCCAGCGCGGAGAGCGGGGACUCCGAAGGCUUCGUCAUCCAUGACGGCGAGUGCAUGCAGGAGUGCCCAUCGGGCUUCAUCCGCAAUGGCACCCAGAGUAUGUACUGCAUCCCUUGUGAAGGCCCUUGCCCCAAGGUCUGUGGAGAAGAAGAAAAGAAGACAAAAACCAUUGAUUCUGUUACUUCUGCUCAAAUGCUCCAAGGAUGCACCAUCUUCAAGGGCAAUUUGCUCAUUAAUAUCCGACGAGGCAGUAAGUAUUGCACCCUAUUGGACAAAUGGCUGGAUUCCUUGGUUUCCUUUUGUUGAUGCUUUUCCUGACCCUGUCCCUGAAUUACAGUGAAAAUAUGGGCUUAGAAAAAACAGCAUGUGGCAUAAGCUUCAUACAUGACAUCUCUCCUUUGAGUUUCCCUCAACGAUAAAAAACAGAUUGAAAGACAGUCUGUGUUUUAGCCAUUGGCACAGAAUUUAUUCCUGUAAAGAGGGUCAUCCCUCAUCAUUCUGCUAGUUGUAUCUUGCAUGGGCACCACGGACACACUCAAACCCAUCCCAGAAGGUGUGGAUUGAUCAGAGAUAUGAUUCAGCUGACUCCAGCUAUAGUCACAUUCCCAUAGUGUUAAGUCCAAAGAGUUUUGGUUACUUGCAUAUAUUAAGAAGACCAAGCAAAGGGAAGAAUUGGAUAUGUUAGAAUGUUAUUACAUUCAAAAGAAGGGUAGAUUUUCCAAUUUAGUUUUGAGAGUCAAAAAGAUACAGGUGUGUGACAUCACCAACAUGAAGUUCAGUCUUACC